UCCAGGCCCGACCCGCGCCGCCCGAGCUCCGCGCGCCCUCGCGGCUCCCAACCGCGCCCCUUCCUCUCCUCGCCCCCGAUGGCGAUCAGGGCCCGCAGUUGGCGGCCCCCGCCGCCGCCGCUGCUCCUGCUGCUUCUCUGGGUGACCGGGCAGGCGGCCCCUGUGGCGGGCCUGGGGCUGGGUUCGGACUCGGAGCUGCAGAUCGAGCGGCGCUUCGUGCCGGAUGAGUGUCCGCGUGCCGUGCGCAGCGGCGACUUCGUGCGCUACCACUACGUGGGGACGUUCCCCGACGGCCAGAAGUUCGACUCCAGCUAUGACAGAGACUCCACUUUCAACGUGUUCGUGGGAAAAGGACAGCUGAUAGCAGGGAUGGAUCAAGCUCUGGUCGGGAUGUGUGUAAAUGAGAGGCGGUUUGUGAAGAUCCCUCCAAAGCUAGCCUAUGGAAGUGACGGCGUUUCUGGUGUGAUCCCCCCAGAUUCAGUGCUUCAUUUUGAUGUACUUCUGAUGGAUAUUUGGAAUUCGGAAGAUCAGGUUCAGAUUCACACUUACUUCAAGCCUCCCACUUGCCCUCGGACCAUCCAGGUAUCUGAUUUUGUAAGAUACCACUACAAUGGAACAUUCUUGGAUGGGACACUGUUUGAUUCGAGUCACAAUCGCAUGAAAACAUAUGACACCUAUGUGGGAAUUGGCUGGCUGAUUCCUGGAAUGGAUAAAGGGCUGUUGGGGAUGUGUGUGGGAGAAAAACGCAUCAUCACCAUUCCUCCUUUUCUGGCCUAUGGAGAAGAUGGAGACGGGAAAGACAUUCCUGGUCAGGCAUCUCUGGUGUUUGACGUUGCGUUAUUGGAUCUCCAUAACCCUAAGGAUGGCAUUUCCAUUGAGAAUAAAGUAGUGCCUGAAAACUGUGAGCGGCGAAGUCAAAGCGGGGACUUUCUCAGGUAUCAUUACAACGGCACGCUCCUGGACGGCACCUUCUUUGAUUCCAGCUACUCGCGGAACCGCACUUUUGACACGUACAUUGGGCAGGGCUACGUGAUUCCCGGGAUUGACGAAGGUUUACUUGGAGUCUGCAUCGGAGAGAAGCGGAGGAUCGUGGUCCCCCCUCACCUGGGCUACGGUGAGGAAGGAAGAGGGAACAUCCCUGGCUCGGCCGUGCUGGUGUUUGACAUCCACGUGAUUGACUUUCACAACCCAUCAGACUCCAUCAGCAUCACCUCCCACUACAAGCCCCCCGACUGCUCAGUGCUGAGUAAGAAAGGGGAUUACCUCAAGUAUCACUACAAUGCCUCACUUCUGGACGGGACCCUGCUGGAUUCCACGUGGAAUUUAGGCAAAACGUAUAACAUCGUUUUAGGAUCUGGACAGGUCGUGUUGGGAAUGGAUAUGGGUCUCAGAGAGAUGUGUGUUGGAGAGAAGCGGACUGUGAUCAUUCCGCCCCACCUGGGCUACGGCGAGGCUGGUGUGGAUGGAGAAGUGCCCGGCAGUGCGGUGCUGGUGUUUGACAUCGAGCUGCUGGAGCUUGUGGCUGGCCUGCCAGAGGGGUACAUGUUCGUAUGGAACGGCGAGGUGUCAGCCAACCUCUUUGAAGAGAUCGACAAGGAUGGUGAUGGAGAAGUCCUCCUGGAAGAGUUCUCAGAGUACAUUCAUGCCCAGGUGGCAUCUGGAAAAGGGAAACUCGCUCCUGGAUUUGAUGCUGAGAUGAUCGUGAAGAAUAUGUUCACCAACCAGGACCGAAAUGGAGAUGGGAAGGUCACGGCUGAGGAAUUUAAACUCAAAGACCAGGAGACGAAACACGAUGAACUCUAAACCUGACACGAGCCACUUGUGUGAUACCAAGCCCCCUGUUGUGGCAGAAUGUGCACUGAGGGUGCAAGGAUCUCUCAGAAAGGAAAUGGUCAGCAGGUAGUAGAUGGGUCACAUAGCACCUGGGACAUAACAUCAGGGUGGGCUGAUAUACAUGGUGAGAAUUUUAGGCUGAUGCCAGUGAUACUAAAUAAAAUCAGUGUGGGGGCCUUAGCAUGGGUGGUGUAGAAUAUUGAAAAGGUUGCAUUGUCAGCUAUUGUUUUGUGAGUCUUCUGGGUAGGUGGUUUUGUUGUUAAAGGAAAAUAGCAUCAUAUAGAAGUUGUAAUCAUCUUGGAGGGAACAGAAGAAAAUGUGUCUGGGAUCGCUACAUAAAGAGGGUUAAAAAUGUUUUUAACUUGCUGGUAUUUUCAAAGUGUUCUCCGGGUGGCUAGAAAACAGAGGGCAGGCCCCAGCAGUAUUCCCAGACAGCCCCAGGAAACUUCUUAGCAGUGUGUACAAGAUGUGGUAAUGCCCAGUCUCCACCAUGCCUACACACACACACACACACACACACACCCCCACACACACCUGGUAAUGCGCACACACACACACACACACACCUGGUAAUGCCCAAUCUCCAUCAUGCCUACACACACACACACACACACACACCUGGUAAUGCCCAAUCUCCAUCAUGCCUACACACACACACACCUGGUAAUGCCGUCUCCAUCAUGCCUACACAUAUACACACACUUUUCUGGUUAAUCAUAUCCCACCUUGUUGUGGUCCUUCUAUUGGCCAGGUAACUUGGAGGUUAAAAAGAAAAUCAGUGGACCAAACAUAAGGCAUGUUGUGCCAUGAGUAGAGAAUUUGAUUCUUCAUUUGUCAUGUAAGAUUGUCUGCUUUACUCUUUCUUAUUCCCAUCACUCUAACCCAUAGCACCCUCUCUUCCCGCCCUGAGUCCUUUGAUCAGAUAGAUACAAGUAGGGCUGAUGGCUCAGCCACACUCGAGUUAUCUCACUGUAGCCACGACAGAAAUGUCAUCCCAACACGUGAGCAUAAACAAAGUGAUGUAUUUCUGUCACCCCUGUGUCCCAGAGAGGGAAGUGCCCUAAGGCCUGGGGGCCUCUCUCUGCAUAGGACACUGUGCCUGCUGACCUGUCCUCAUGUUAUGCAGUGACCACCUUGCUGCCUGUCCUCUGUCCCCUCGUGGUGGUGGCACUCACCCUGAAGUAACUAAUGAUUUUCCUUUUGAAGUGACUUUGUGUGCCUAAUUUAAACUAUUUUGUACUGAUGUAGCCCUGAAAUAGUUCCUGAAAAUGCUGUGCACUCAUUCAGUGGAACAAAUGUUGGAAAACGAAUUUUUCAUAUAUAAAAUAUUGAAUUAUCA